AUGAUACAUGAGGUCGAUCUACCACCGGCGGUGUACGCGGACAUGCUGGAGGGAUGUUUGCUGCAUGAAGCCCUUCAUAGGCUUAUGCGUGAGACUCCGGAACGUGCAGAGCGUGCAGAGCGUGCUGUGCCGAGCAUCGCCAGCAUCGUGGAUCGUAAUACCUUACUUUUGAUGGCUCGUGACCUGCUCGAUGAGGAGUCCUACGUUGAGUUCGGCUACUAUGCGGAUGAACUCUGCAGCUCCAUCCAGGGCAAGUGGGACCGUGUUUUUCCGUAUGCACCCCCCGUGGAGGAGGAGGAGGAGCGCACACUUGCGGGCGAACCUGCGGGCACGCGGCGCAACGCACAUCCUGCGUCAGCUGCGGAGCGUGUGGCAGUGGAUCACCUGGGUAGCAUCCAUGGCUCAUAUUGGGGCGCAGUUCGUGAUGUUGUGGCCAAGCUGCCCUUCACGAGUGCCAAUCGCUCAUGCCAUGAACGCCCCGGUCAAGUCUUCUUUGUGGGCGCCUAUGGGCAUCACCGUUACACUGGACUCCACGCCUCCACUUUGUUGCUGCCCUCGGCCUGCAAAUUGCUUUGUGCCUUCAUUCAAUACGUGUGCCCGAAGCUGCAGUGGACCACCAUCAUGGUAUCGCGUAACACACAGUUGGAGCCGCACGUUGAUGCGCAGAACGCGGCCUUACCCAGCAUGAUCAUGGGCCUGUCCUUCUUUCAAGGGGGCCAGCUCUGGAUCAAGGAUCCCACAGGUUGCCAUUUUGAAGAAGUCAAGGGCUGCCUAGUCCCAGGACAGCUCCUCGAGCUUAGUGGUCGCUGUUAUAUGGUCUCCACGCAUGUCCUGCCGCACAGCACCAGACCAUGGAGUGAGGGCGAUCGCUAUGUCCUGGUGGCCUACGCUAUCGGCCAGCACAAAAGCUUGAAGUCCGUGCAUCGGACGGCGUUGGAGGAUCUCGGAUUCAGAUUGCCGCCGUGUGCCUAG